GCCCCGCCCCCCGGCAGCAGCGGGCGGAGCGGCUCCUGCGGCGCGGCCGGGCCGGGAUGACGCUCAAGUCGGGGCGCAGCGCCAGCGCGGGCAGCAUGAGGACGGCGCUCUCCGACCUCUACCUGGAGCACCUCCUGCAGAACCGCGCCAAGCCCGAGGCCAUCACUCAGUCCCCGAACGCCAUAACUGAGGACAUUUAUACCAAUGGCUCAGCGACUCUGGGCAGCCCCUCCCACAGCAACGGCCGUGAGGUGCGGAAGAUACGCCUUGUCCAGUUUGAGAAGGUCACGGAGGAGCCCAUGGGAAUCACGCUGAAGCUCAAUGAAAAGCAGAGCUGCAUGGUGGCCAGGAUCUUCCAUGGGGGCAUGAUUCACAGACAAGGCUCCCUUCAUGUGGGUGAUGAAAUCAUAGAAAUCAAUGGGCAGAGCGUGAGCAACCACUCAGUUGACCAGCUGCAGAAGAUGCUGAAAGAAACCAAGGGGAUGGUCUCAAUAAAAGUCAUUCCCAACCAGCAAAGCCGUCUCCCUGCUCUCCAGAUGUUUAUGAGGGCGCAGUUUGACUACGACCCCCAAAAAGACAACCUGAUCCCCUGCAAGGAAGCAGGGCUGAAGUUUCAGACUGGUGACGUGAUUCAAAUCAUAAACAAGGACGACAGUAACUGGUGGCAGGGCCGAGUGGAGGGCUCCUGCACUGAGUCAGCAGGACUUAUACCUUCUCCAGAGCUGCAGGAGUGGCGUGUGGCAAGUGUUACCCAGUCCAGUCAGAGUGAAUCCCCGAGCUGUAGUCCUUUUGGGAAGAAGAAGAAAUGCAAAGAUAAAUACCUGGCCAAGCACAGCUCAAUUUUUGACCAGCUGGAUGUGGUUUCAUAUGAGGAAGUGGUGAGGCUGCCUGCCUUCAAGAGGAAGACUCUGGUGCUCAUCGGGGCCAGUGGCGUGGGCCGUAGCCACAUCAAGAAUGCUCUCCUCAGCAACAACCCAGAGAAGUUCAUGUACCCACCCCCAUACACCACACGUCCCCAGAAGAAGAAUGAGGUGGAUGGGAAGGACUACUACUUUGUCUCCACCGAGGAGAUGACCCGGGACAUCUCAGCCAAUGAGUUCCUGGAGUUUGGAAGCUACCAGGGAAACAUGUUUGGCACCAAGUUUGAAACAGUGCACAAGAUCCACCAGCAGGACAAAGUUGCUAUUUUGGACAUUGAGCCCCAGACCCUGAAGAUUGUCCGCACGGCUGAGCUCUCCCCGUUCAUAGUCUUCAUCGCUCCAACAGACAAGGCAGAGCAGUCAGAGGCUUUGCAGCAGCUCCGGAAGGAGUCAGAGAGCAUCCGGAGCCGAUACGCACACUACUUUGAUCUCUCGCUGGUCAACAAUGGCGUGGAAGAAAGCCUUCAGCUGCUGCAGGAAGCCUUUGAGCAGGCCUGCAGCUCUCCACAGUGGGUGCCUGUCUCCUGGGUCUACUGAGAAGGCAUCUGAUGGCAGCUGCUUCCCAUUAACCACCUUAUCCUCAGCUUCCUCAGAUCCACACACAGCCCAGCACAACUCCUUUCCUCUGCUGCUCUACGGACAUGGUCUCAAUUGGUUCACAUACACACAGGGCCCCAGAAAUGCAGGACAGAGGCUGCCCGGGGACGGCUGCAUCCCACAGUGCUGCAAAAGUGUUAAGUUAGUGGCUACAGCAGAGCCCAGGGCAUUCCGUUAGCUCAGAGCACAGCUCCUCACCUCACCAGCCAAGGAAAAGCACAGUCCUGUUGUAGCACACAGCUGAUCUUUGCAUCAUUGCCUGGGUAAGUGAUAGAGCAGGGGCUUUCCAGGCGGAUGUCCCUGCCGUUGCAGGAGUGCAUGUCCACCACAAACACCUCCAAAGCCUGGCUGGUGUCCGUGAGGCUUCAAGGAAGCCCACAGCUUAGGAGGCUUCACAGAGACCACGUGAGCUCCUACACCCAAGCGUUUUCUCUUACAAACGGGGGAAGAGCAAAAAAAAGGCAAGUGUGGAUUUGCCAAAGGUGAUGUGGAACUUGCUACCCCCAGGCAGGUCUCACCAUGUGUUCUGAAGUCAGUUUUCUGAUUCACCCUGUGCAACCAUAGUUGUAGAAACUCACUGUAUUUAAAUUCUCACAGUGCAGCUUGCAUUGUUACCGCCUGGCCAGAGAAACUGCAGCAGCUGAGGAAGUCCAAGGGACUAAAGCCCAGAGGGACAGUUCAAUGGGUAAAUUAGAUCCAGCCACAAGUAUGUGUUGCAUGCAGUAGAAACAGUGUCUCUACAAAGAUCAUCCAGGCAUGUUUUCUAGAGUCUAGGGUGUCUCACUGUCUGCCAACUUAAAAGCCACCCCCACAAAGGGGUUACUUCUGCAGAAGUGUACUGACGCACAAGCCCUACCAUGACCAUGUCUGGGAAGCAUCACCAAGGCUCCUGGGCAAACUACAGCCAUCGUUUAGGUGAAAAUCUCAUCUAUGUGUUCAGCAGUCAGCUAGGGGAAAGGGGAAGGUGUCAAGAAGUCUUGUGCAAUUUUUUAAGGAUGCCAAAAAUAAAAUCCAUUGAUGUGCAAUAGGGACCUUUGUUCUGAUCCAC